AUGGAGCCCGCCAAACUUCGGCGACACGAAGCGCGAGGACAGUACGAUGUUGACGCCGUCCAGAAAGUAUUUGCAGAAACGUUCAUCUCUCACGUGUCAUACGUCGAUAAUGGCUUGCCUCAAUGCUUGCCCAUGAUCGCCCUGUUUCGCUGUCUUGGGGAAAAUCAAGAUCCGGUGAUCUACCUCCAUGGCCACCCGAGCUCGAGGCUAAUGGAGAUUGUGCGGGAUAACGAGUCUAAAGAUCUGAGCGAGAAGAUAAGGGUGUGCAUCGCAGCCACCAAGGUGGACGGUCUCGUUCUCUCAUCGAGCCCCAAUGGGCAUACCUUUAAUUACCGCUCCAGCAUCGUACACGGCACAUGCUCCCUUGUCAAGGACCGUGAUAUCAAGCGGGAGGUGAUGAGGGGUGUGACGAACCACAUUAUCGCGGGCAGAUGGGAGGAUGUCAACCCUGUCUCGUCAUUUCAAGUCUCGCUAGUUUGUGUGAUAAGGGUUGAUAUCCUCAGCGGUGGGCUAAAGUUGCGAACUGGCAUCCCCAAUAUUCAACCUAGAGACCCGAUAAAGGAUGGGCCAGACCAUGAAGUUCCGCCGUGGACAGGAGUGGUUCCUCUAUCCGAACAACUGGAUGAGCCAGUCCCCAGCGGGCUGACGGAUAAUGCUACGGUUCCUGAAGGGCUAUUGAAGUUCAUUGAGACAAGAAACACAGCGCAAAGGGAAUAUUCUCAUUUGGUUGCUAGAUGA